AUGUCCGACGAGGUCGAGAUCAAAACCUACUUCAAACUGGUGGACGUGGUGAAGUGGAUAGGUAUUACGCAGUUCGAAAUGCUCGUAAAUCUGUUGGCAUUUCUGGUGUUCAGUAUCAUCCUGACGGCGAAGGCCACGAUGGGAACGCUACCCACGAAAACAGUGGGCAACACCGAAUGGCUGGUCAUAUUCUCACCGCUGUUCUGCGGAGACUUCUUUAAUGCGUACUUCUGUGUGAUUGUUGGCAUCCGGAUGUAUCUGGGCAAUAAGCACCGGCAGGCGAUACAUCGGCUGUCUUGGAGCAUCCAUUUUCUGCUGUUGACAACCGGUUUCAAGUAUUUGGUAGUGCUGAAGCUGUCCGGUUUCAGUGGGCUGGAGUACAGUGAGGUGUUUUCGCCGAUUUUUGUACUGCUUCAGCUGAUUGCCGUUAAGGCGUGCCAAUUUAAGCAGCAGUCCUGACGGGAGGAACGUGAUCCAGCGGUUAUGCAAAUGUUCGCAUAAAAGGUAAAACUCAUUUAUGCUUUUGAUCUUAAUUUAUGAAUAGUGCUCUAUAGUUCUCACUAUUACUCGACGGUGUUGCGAAACUAGUUUUGAAGCAAGUUCUGUGAAUAUAAACAUAUUUGAAGAUAUAUGACUAAGUCUGAAUA